AUGGCGCGCGCCAGCGCCUCGGCCACGCGGCAGACGGCGCCAUGCGGCGCGCGCGUCCACCGCUGGGCACCGCCGCACCGCCCCCUCCUCCUCCUGCGCAUUGCUGCUGCUCUCACGGCGGCCUUCUUCUACUCGCGAGUGGGGGCGCUGUCCGCGGACACGAUCUGCGGCAAGAUUCCGGGACUGACGCCACAGCAGCGGGCGCUGUGCCGGAGCCACCCGGACGCGAUGGUCGCGGUCGGCGAGGGCGCGCGGCUGGGAAUCGGCGAGUGCCGGCACCAGUUCCAAUUCAGCCGCUGGAAUUGCUCGGCGCUGGGGGAGGAGACGGUGUUCGGCCAGGAGCUCCCAGGCGGUAGCCGAGAAGCGGCCUUCGCGCACGCCGUGAUGGCGGCGGCCGUGGCGUACGCCAUCACGGCGGCGUGCGGCCGGGGCGACCGGAGCUGGUGCGGCUGCGACGGCGCCAAGCAGGGCGGCUUCUACGAUGCACAGGGCGGCUGCUCGGCCGACCUCAGCCACAGCCUCGAGUUCUCGCGCCUCUUCGUGGACGCGCGCGAGGUCCAGCGGAGCGCGCGCACGCUGGUGCUGGAGGAGAAGAUGAAGCCGGUGUGUAAGUGCCACGGAGUGUUGGGCUCGUGCACCACCAGGACGUGCUGGGCCACGCUGCCCCAGUUCCGCGAGGUGGGCUCCGCGCUCAAGCGCAAGUACGACGAGGCGGUCCACGUGGAGCCGGACCGGCUGACGGGCAGCGUGGGCACGCGCGGCCGCCCGUGCGACCGCACGUCGCCGCGCGCCGACGGCUGCGAGCUGCUGUGCUGCGGCCGCGGCUACGACACGCGCCGGUACACGCGCUCGUGGCAUUGCAAGUGCGAGUUCCGCUGGUGCUGCUACGUGCGCUGCAGCACGUGCAGCGAGGGGGCGGAGGAGUACACGUGCAAGUGACGGCGGCGGCGGCUUGCUGGGAAGCUGGGGCCCCGACUAAUCCGCCGGCUCGAUCGCUCGCCCCGUCGACUGUCGGCCGUGGCCCCCACGGGCCUCGCCCCUGGCAACAACAAUCAUGGCCGGACAAAAUUGUCAGCGGAUGUCGCUGCCUGAUGGCGCGGCUGUCGUUCCGCACCUCCCAGUUGCCCUCAACUCCCCUCCCUCACUCCACCCCACUCACCACCCCACCCACCGCCACCCUGCGUGAUUGCCGACGGGGUGGGGGGGGGCGCCAGGCGGAUCCCUGCAAGAGUGAGAUCUGCAAUCGGCUCCCGAGCCUGGGACAAAGUAGCCACCGAGAUCUCAGCAUGAUGGGAGAGAGAGGAGGAGUCGGUGACUCGUCCACAUUGCUCACCCUGCCCUGCCCCUCCCCCCCACCACCACCUCUGCCCCUCCAACCACAUGCCGCUUCUCCCACUCAGAUUUGCUGACCACGAGGACCCACAAGUUCUGUAUGUCGCCGGCACCGAGUGCAGCAUCUCCCAGUGUCU